AGCCAAUUCAUAACACAUUUAACUGAUGUAGCGUAUUUAAUGGUAUUUCAUGGUUAUGGGAUCAAAAUUAUUCCUUGCCUGGCAAAGCAGCGAAGGAGCGUUAAAAAACUUUCAUACACAUAGCCUCUACUCCAAGAAGAGGACGAGGACAAACCGCUUUGAUCAGAUUUACUGAGUUAAAAUGGAUCAUAUGGACAGUGGAUAGGUAAUGUUUUGGUGCACUAGGAAAGGUUAAGAGGUGCUAAAAAAUACUUCUAGACAAGUCAUUACUGGAGAAUAUGAGGUUUCCAACUGCCAAACGACUGGUAGUAUUGUGUAUUGCGUUUUCUUUUAUCAUAACAUGUUACCUUUUCGCCGUCCAUAAGCCUUUGCGGAAUACCGCUACCAAGCCAUCGAAACUUACAGUAGUCUCGACGCGAAAUUUACCUUCAACGUUCGUCGAGGAAAAACACAAAAAGGAAUUUUCAAGAAAACCAUCAAAGGACUGGGAUUUUCGAUAUAAUGAAUCGCGUUCUGUUUUGGUUUUUACAGAGUAUGCACGCUCCAAAUUUUUGAACAAAUUGAAAGUUGUCCUCAAGUCACAAAGGAUCUCCUUCGAUAUUGUAACAUGGAACAGGUUUAAUGACAACCAGUUGUCCCUUCCACGACUACGAACAAAUCAUGGCAGUAUUAAAUAUAGUGGCUUUAUUUUUGACAAUUUCCAAGUAUAUGAAAAUUUAGACAUAUGGACUAAGUCUGAACUACACGACUUUUGCAAGAAAUAUAACUUGGGCAUAAUUUUGCUUUGUGCGAUAGAUUAUAAAAAAGAGUCGGAAUAUAUAAAGCUGAAGAGUUUACCACUUUGGAUCAAGUUCAGCAUGAAGGGUUUAUAUGACACCGAACUGAACCCUAAUAGCCCAAUUCUGCGAAUGACGAAGGCGGGUCAGGUGUUGAAAUUCCAACACAGAUUCAAGCACUCAGUGUUCUGGUCCAACCACUCUAGUUUUGAACCAGUGUCUUAUUCAUAUAGAGACUCAGCCCCCAUUGAGAAGAAUUUUGUAUUAGACGAUGUAGCUGAGACCAAGAAAUAUAUUUAUAGAGUGAAUAGAUCAAAAUUUGUGACAAUUAUGUAUGAUAAAGGUGAAUUUGAUGGCAUCAAAAAGGUAUUUUUUGGUGGAAGAAUAGAUGGAUUAUGGCAGUACCAUCUUUUAUUGCUUGAUGCUUUAACAGUGUUUUCAAAAGGGAAGCUUGGAAGACCUUUAACACAGUGGAUAUUGGUGGACAUCGAUGAUAUUUUUGUAGCACACACUGGAACAAGAAUGAAAAAGGAAGACGUUGAGGCCCUCGUGGAAUCUCAAGAUCGUCUUUCAAGGAAGGUCAAGAACUUUCGCUUCAAUUUGGGGUUUAGCGGCCAUUAUUUCAAGCAUGGAACUUCGGAGGAGAAUGAAGGCGAUGAAAUGCUGGUGAAACAUGCAGAUAAAUUUUCGUGGUUUCCACAUAUGUAUAAACACCGUAAACCACAUCUCUCGAAGUCUUUAGAAGAACUUGUGAGUAGUAUGAAUGAAAACAAACUUUUCGCAGAGAAAUAUGGUAUUCCAGUUAACAAUAGCUAUUCUGUAGCCCCACAUCACUCUGGGGUGUAUCCAGUUCACGAAGAAUUGUACGAAGCAUGGAAGAAAGUUUGGGAUAUCAAAGUAACUACAACGGAAGAAUACCCUCAUCUUUAUCCAAGCUGGGAAAGAAGAGGUUUUAUCUUCAGAGGAAUAAACGUUCUUCCAAGGCAGACGGCUGGGUUGUUUACAGCAAAUAUUUACUUCAGAAACUACCCAAAAGGUCGCCAUCGAUUGGAGAAAAGUAUAAAUGGCGGAGAAUUGUUUAUGACUUUCAUUAAUAAUCCAAUCUCCCUCUUCAUGACGCAUUUUGGUAACUAUGGUAACGACCGUUUAGCACUAUACACGUUUGAAUCAGUAAUUGAGUUUAUUGAACAAUGGACGAACCUGAAGAUGGUAACAGAGAAGCCAGUUGCUCUUGCCAAGAAAUAUUUUGAAUUCUGGCCCGAGGAUGCGUGUCCUGUCUGGCGUAAUCCAUGCAAUGAUUCCCGCCAUCUUGAAAUUUGGUCUCCCAACAAAAGCUGCCAGCGUCUUCCGAAAUGUCUUAUUGUCGGACCACAGAAAACAGGAACGACCGCCCUCAGGGCUUUCAUGCGACUUCAUCCCAACCUGAUCACAAGCAAACUGAGCCAGCGUUUUUAUGAAGAGAUUCAGUUCUUCAAUAACGCUACAAAUUAUGCAAAAGGGCUGGAUUGGUACAUGAGCUAUUUUCCAGACAGGAACAACUCAAAGCGGGACCUCUACUUCGAGAAGUCCGCCAAUUACUUCGACGCCACUAGCGGUUAUUAUCGAGCUUCAGCCCUUCUUCCUGAUGCGAAAAUUAUUGUCCUUGCGGCCGACCCUGCUUUGCGAGCCUACUCUUGGUACCAACACCACCUGGCAAAGAGGAAGUGGGUUGCUACAGAAAAUUCAUUCUUUGACGUCAUCUCAAAAAAACAUGAAAAUAUAAAGUUGCAGAUAUUCCAACGCAGAACUUUACACCCUGGCUUCUAUGCUGAAUAUCUCGAAAAGUGGUUGUCUGUGUAUCCUCCUGAGCAGAUAUUAAUACUGGACAGCGAAGUGAUAACUAAGGACCCAGCAACUGCACUGACCACAGUACAGAAGUUUCUCCGCAUUAAGCCAUUUGAUUUCAAAGCACAUAUAAUAUUCGACCGAGAAAAGGGAUUCUUUUGUCCAUUGAGAAAUAAAGUCGAGAAAAGGUGCUUAGGCCCUGGUAAAGGGCGCAAUUACCCCAGAAUGGACCUGAAUUCGGAGAGAUACUUGCGCGAGUUUUACCGACUGCCAAAUUUACGCUUUGCAUUGUUGCUCAAAAGAUACAAAAUGCCCAUACCUGGCUGGUUGAAAAGACAACUUCGUGAACUGGAAUGAUUUUAAAACAGAAUGUGGUAAAAACAAAUCAAUUGACUGGCUUGGUCGCAAGCGAAUCUCCCAUUGAUUGGACCGAGGGUUUAGCAUGCAUGACCAUAAAUGGAAUUGAAGUCUGUAUUUGUUGUCGACUUGGAGAACUGCAUUAAUCGGCAACUGGAAUCGCAAUGGGCCACUCAGGGACCCAUUUGACAAAAAUGUACCACUGGCACAAGUGUCUGUUAGCUACAUGUCAAAGAUUGCGGCCAAAAUCAUGUCCAUAGUGCGCAAACAGUGUUAAAUGGGGGGGGGGGAUGGAACCCCACAUUUUGAGCAUCGCAGCCCGGAAUGCUCAGUCGUGCAGUCCUCCAAUGUUCUAUCUUGGUUCCGUAUUUCCAAUCUCCGACUUUCUUAUACAACUUUUUACCAUGGUGAACAGAAUUUAUUUUAAUCUGCAUGAAAGCAAUAAAAACGAUGAAAACUACUUAAAUAAUAGUUUAGGAUACAUUUUGCUAUCAGAUUUUCAAUUAAUGUUCAAAGGUACAUUUUUAUCCCUCUAAGUUGAUAUAUUUCAGUCUGUUGUGUUCCAUGAUAAUUGUUUUUGUAUGUUUUCUCAAGUAUAAAUUCAUUUACACAAUUUAUGAUAUUGGUAUCUUCGCUAGGUGUUCUUGCUGUUAAUGAUCUGUCUCUUGAAAUAGCAUUUAGGUAGAAAGACAAUGCCUAAUCAAACUAUAUUUUUUCCUUCCAUUUUUCGUUCAUCAUUCUUAGAACCAGCACAGUUUUGGAAAUGUCCUUUUUUAUACAAGUUCCACGUUGACACAGUUGUAUGAAUUUCACAUAACCACUGCUUUCUGGUCUGCAACCUCAUUUCCAUUGCUCUUACACUACCUGCUGUUAAAUAUCAUGUCUACCUAUUUUGAUAAAGUUGACUUAUAUUAUUCUGGGCUAGAAUCACGAAGGGCCGGGUUACCUGGAGAUAGGGCCGCGCUAUCGCAAGAGCUAUUUCAUCAACAACGUGACACCAUUGCUGGGAAAAAUUUCACAUUUUAAUUGACAUGUCUGCAUUGGUUGAAUACGUCAGAUAUACUGCUUUUGCCGCUGUGGAGGCUACAGUACUGCAUAUGGAUUCAUCGGUGCAGCCCUAGGCGACAAAACAUGCGUUGAUCAUCAGCCAAGCUAGCGAAACUGAGAUUGACGACCCUACCUCCAUGUAAACAGGCCUUUGAUGCCCAUCAACAUUUUUUAAAUUAAAUAUUAAUACAAAAGUAUCUAUGUGAAUAUAUUGGACAGCAUAGAGACAUUGCUGCCGUUUUUACCGAAUUUAUAUAUAGUCAAAGUAUAGUGUUGAAUUUGUAUAUAGCCGUAGUAUUAAAUCAUAGAAUCUAAUUCAUUUUAAAUCUAGAAAACUGUGAUUCGGUUCGUAAUUAUUACCUUUUUAGCAUUAAACAAUAUACAAUAUAUAAUAUCUGAUUUUUAUUUCAAACGGUAUUUUAGAAAAGACCGUGGAAUAUCAAGCCUUUUGUUUCAUGUAAAAGCGUGUAGUUAUUAUAGUUAUUUUAUCAGCUUAUUGUGCAAAUGGUGUCCUUUAUUAUAAAGUAAGUAUAGUACCCAUUAUUUUAGAUACAACCCGACUGCCCAAACCUCCCAACUUCUCAACUGCCAAGCUACCUAUCUGCCCAUCUGACAUAAUGAUAUCUAGUGUGCUGUAUGGUGUUUGCUUUUGUCCUGCUUCAGCGACAUGACUUUGAUGCGAAAUGAUGUUAAUCCUGUCACAUUUUGCAUUAGUGGGCAACUGUCGUUGUGGCUUUAAAAUCUUACUGCCUUGGCAUGCUUUUCGAGGAGGUGAUUAUUUCUUGAGCGUUAGUUGGAUUGAAUAUAUAAUCUGCUUUAAAAAAUUUAUCUUGCUUACACAUAUAACUUGGUAAUAUUAUGAAAAUGAAGAAUUUGUGUGUAAAGUUCCUUUUUUGUACAAGAAAACUUUUUUGUAUUUUUAUGCUUGUAACAUUGAGUUUGUACUUUCCAUUUUAUUUGUACUUUGAGCGAGAGCACAUAUCGUCAAUUUAAAGACUUGUCCUCGUUGAGACCCAACUCCAGGUAGCAAUCUAUGCAUGGUAUGUGAUGGCACUAUACAUGGAAAAAUGUUUUUCAAUUUCUGGAAGUAUUUUGAUUAGCCACGCCAUUAGGACCGUCCAAAUUUAUUUGUGUAGUUUUGUGUUUUGUGGACUGUCGCUGCUUCUCCUAAAAAUUUCAUCUUUUGGUUUUUUCUUAAAAAAAAUCACACAGGGUUCAUUAGGACUUUGGUUUUAUGUACUCUUAUAACUUUGUCGCUGCGGCUGUUUCCAAUGAUCGGUGGCCCCCAUCCACUAGUUAACAUAAACACUCAUGGGCCCACAUGGCUCUCUUCUAAUCGCUUGUCUGCCUGACGGAUGCUCAACUUGCCACAGCGUCGUUGAAUUGUCUAUUGCCGUUCUCCCGGUUAUUACUUUGCAAACUAUCAGCAAUAGUCCCAAUUAUUUAUAUCUCCUUUGAUUAAUCUUUGUACGAAGUAUGAGUUUCCAAGAAAUAAUAAACGAAGUUAUUGUUUUAAACUUCACUCUUUUUUAUUCGGUAGAUAUCUAGUAAUUUUUUACCUAUGCUGUUGUAAACCAAUUUAUCCAAUUCUGAUUUCUUAGAGAUGGUAAAGAGACGGAUUUAACAAGAUUGUCUAAGUUGCCUGUAACAUAAAGGUCUAUUUUCAUUUUGAAAGCUGCCAUCGUGCGAAAAUCAUUUUUACACUACAUAAUUUAUAAAAACCAGAUAAUAUUUUUGUAUAAGUUCAAGCUCAUUGUUCUUGUUUCAACC